CCUACACGGUGCACAGUGCAUGAUUUAUUGGCGAACAUACCUAGCGAUGCUGUCACCAUGAACAAAAGUUCCUUCUAAAUUGAACGACACGAAGCUCAAUUACCACUUUAUUACGGUCGUUUUGAAAUCGAAAAAUUCAGUCGCCCACAUAUAAAUUUUCUCAGUCUGCACAGUUUUUUAUUGAUCCAGUACCGAGCUGUUUUGUAAUAAUAUCCUGUAAUUUUAUUGGUUACUUUAAACAAGCCUUGAAAUCUGGUUGGUUGUUGUGUAUUAGUAAAGCAUCCUCAUUGGCCGAGGAAGAGAUGAGUUAAAACUUUCCAUUACGACGUCUGUUCAAGGAUAUAGCUUAACAUAAUAAAACAAGUUUUCCUCAAGUACCCUGAGUGAUAAAAUUCGGAGUUGAUUUUAUAAUGGUCUAAUUGGUUGAAAGGCAGGCGCAAGUUAAUAAGACCAAUCAGUAGGCGAAGUAAAGGGAAACUAAUCCACUGUUACUUUGAACAACCACUUGAAAUGUUGAUAAAAACGACGAUAAAUAGUUGUUGCGAUCAAUCAUGUUUCUUUUUUAGUGAGGGAACCAAGUGGAAAACCCGAAGGAGAUUAAUAACGCCAACAUUCCACUUUAGCAUUUUAAACCAAUUCAUUCAAGGAAUCGAAGAACAAGCUGAAAUCCUAGUGAAACGUUUGGAGGAGAAGGUAGACAAAGGUGUCUUCAACAUAGCGCCUUACAUAGCUUUAUGCACAUUGGACAUAAUAUGCGCCACUGCGAUGGACGUAUUUCCAAAUGCACAGGGAGCUAGGAGUUCGCCGUAUGCCAAAGGAGUUUUAAGGAUGGGUGAGCUAAUUGAACAUCGCUUCAGAUCUCCAUGGCUUUGGGCUGAUACUGUUUACAAUAUAAGUUCUCCCGGAAGAGAGUUUCAAAGAUGUCUGAAGAUCCUUCACGGCUUUACUAACAAGGUUAUAGAUGAACGAAUUCGCGAAAGAUCAAACAAGAUAGAGAAAGAGGAGGAGAGUGGAGACGAAAAUGAUUUCAAACGAAAGAAGCGCCUGGCCUUUCUCGACCUGUUACUUGAAGCUUAUGACAACGGAGAAAUAUCAAAGGAAGGCAUCAGGGAAGAAGUAGACACAUUUACCUUUGAGGGACACGACACCACUGCAGGUGGUAUGACAUGGGCUUUGUACCUCCUCGGACGCCAUCCUGACAUACAGAAAAAAGUUGUACAUGAAGUGGAUUCCUUUUUCGAAAAGGGAAAAACAUCUUCAGAAUCAAACGGACAAACAAACAAAACAAAAGUGACAAAAGUAACGAACAGGCAAGAGUCACUGCUCUACUCCCAAGCUAAUAUGAGAGGCUCGUCUCAUUUCGGAUCUAAUCUGAUGAACAAGAGCGAAUAUAAUUAUUACUAUUCUGGCAGACCUGACUGAAAUCAUUUGCGGGUCUAUCACAAGCUCUCGUGUGUACCGUUAUCCGUUAAGUUUUCCUAACAGUUCCUUUGUGUUCAUUUAUGCCCCUAGCCGAAUGAUUAGAGAUACUGUCGGAGAAUAGUGUCUUGCCCAAGAAUGUAACACACUAGUUUAUCGAGGUUUAGGUUCGACCUAGACUUCUCAAUCUUGAAUCAGCAUCGUAACCAUUUGAUUGGUGCGCCAGUUAUCCAAAAGUGACUGCAUAUUAAGUACACGUGUAUGCAAGGCACAUACACAUACACAUACACGCGCACAAUUAAAAAUGAAAAUAAAAGGAAAUAAAUAGA